GAUAUACGGACGCGCGGCGCGGGGAGGGUUUAAAGGAGGAAAGGAAGCCAUCUUGGAGCUUCGAGUCUGAAAAACGCACGGAGAAGAUAUAGACGAAGCAGAAGACGAAGGAAAAAAAAACACAACAACAACAAAACAAAAUUAUAACAUAAACAACGACACAUUUGUAGUGACAAAAAAAUAUAUAUACAACAGUUGGGGGAAAAAAAGGACCGAAAACGCACGGACAUCGCGGCGAAGAGGAUUGAGCAAGGCCGCGCGAUAUCAUUGAGAAGACAAGUGUAGUCUUCGUUCGAGGGCUUUUUUUAUAAAGAAAGUUUGAUUUGGUGCAUCAAAGCAAGUGACUUCAUAACUGAAAGACUUAAACAAGAACAAGCACUUGUUUGUGUUGCAAUAACAAGGACUCAGAUAUUGAGCAAGACUUUAUCUCUUCAUUUAGAAGAGUUCAAUAAACUGUUAUUACAGUCUCUGUACUGACUUUCAAACCUUCUGAAGUUGAAACUUUCAAAAGGACACUUUAAAUAAAAAAAUGAGCACCGCCAGAACAGAGAACCCUGUUUUAAUGGGUCUGUCCAGCCAGAACGGGCAGCUGAGGGGUCCAUUAAAACCCAGCGCAGGGACUGGAGGUGGGGGAACACAGACGCAACAAAUAAACCAGCUGAAAAAUGCCAGCACAAUCAAUAACGGAAGUCAACAGCAAGCACAGAGUAUGAGCAGCGGUAUAAAACCUGGUGAUGACUGGAAGAAGACUUUGAAGCUUCCUCCAAAAGAUCUCCGAAUCAAGACUUCGGAUGUCACCUCAACAAAAGGCAAUGAAUUUGAAGAUUACUGUUUAAAACGAGAGCUGCUCAUGGGAAUUUUUGAAAUGGGGUGGGAAAAGCCAUCACCAAUUCAGGAGGAGAGCAUUCCCAUUGCAUUGUCCGGUAGAGAUAUCUUGGCAAGGGCUAAGAAUGGAACUGGCAAGAGUGGAGCCUACCUCAUUCCCUUACUUGAACGAAUAGACUUAAAGAGGGACUGCAUACAAGCGAUGGUGAUUGUACCUACACGUGAAUUGGCUUUACAAGUCAGUCAGAUCUGCAUUCAAGUCAGCAAGCAUAUGGGAGGGGUGAAAGUCAUGGCAACAACGGGAGGCACAAAUUUACGAGAUGACAUUAUGAGACUAGAUGACACAGUGCAUGUAGUGAUUGCAACUCCCGGCAGGAUUCUGGACCUUAUCAAAAAAGGAGUAGCUAAAGUAGAUCACAUUCAGAUGAUCGUGUUAGAUGAGGCGGACAAACUGCUCUCUCAAGAUUUUGUGCAGAUAAUGGAAGAUAUAAUUAUGACGCUACCUAAAAACAGACAAAUUCUCCUCUACUCUGCCACAUUUCCUUUAAGCGUCCAGAAGUUUAUGUCUUCUCAUUUACAGAAACCAUAUGAGAUUAACUUGAUGGAGGAAUUGACUUUGAAAGGAGUAACACAAUACUAUGCCUAUGUUACAGAGCGGCAAAAAGUUCACUGCCUCAACACUCUCUUCUCAAGGCUCCAGAUAAACCAGUCUAUAAUCUUCUGCAACUCCUCUCAAAGGGUAGAGCUACUGGCCAAGAAAAUUUCUCAGUUGGGCUACUCCUGCUUCUAUAUCCAUGCAAAGAUGAGACAGGAGCAUAGGAAUAGAGUUUUCCACGACUUCAGAAAUGGCUUAUGCCGUAAUCUUGUUUGCACUGAUCUGUUUACCCGUGGUAUUGAUAUUCAAGCUGUGAAUGUGGUGAUAAACUUUGACUUCCCAAAACUGGCAGAGACGUAUUUGCAUCGUAUAGGAAGAUCAGGUCGCUUUGGACACCUUGGUCUUGCCAUAAAUUUGAUUACCUACGAUGACAGAUUCAACCUUAAAAGUAUUGAAGAGCAGCUGGGAACAGAAAUUAAGCCCAUACCCAGCAGUAUCGAUAAGAGUCUGUAUGUGGCUGAAUAUCACAGCGAAUCUGGAGAGAAGCAUUAGCCUUCAGGUGACAGUCCUCCUGAAGAAGAGAAUAUCCUGACAUUCAUACAUCACUUUCUUAAGGGUUUCUCCCCUACUCUCAACUGCCUCUCUAGACGUUUGUCUUCAUCUGGAACACUGACCAGCAUAGUUUAGAAUUUUUUUUUUUUCCUUUUGUGCACUCCCCUCCCUGAUUUUAUGAAUGUCCCUGAUGUUGGCACUGCGUGCUCUCAUAAGUUGCACUUAAUGGCUUUAUUUUGUUCCUCCCUGCCCCCCCACCCCUUGUGGCAUGAUGGAUACUGGAAACCCUCUAUGCUGUUGUAAGCUAGAAAAGGCUGUAACUUGUUACAGGCUUCUCUACUCUCCAGGAGGCCAACAAAGCAAUUUACUCUAAUUUAUUGCAGUCCUUGGAUGUAAAGUUGUUUAGAUUCCAACUUAGUUCAUUCUCCCUUUGCAUCCUCUUGUGGCAUCUUUUUCUUUUACUGUAACCAAACUAUCUUUACUUGUGCAAAGUGCCUUACGCUACGAGACCAUUCAAAAUCAUCUUUCCAAUGCAAACUCAUACAGAAAACAUAAGUAACCCAAUCUACAUUUUAUCACCCAUAUAAAACGUACAAUUUUGUAAGCUGGUGCUAUUGGGCUAGCUAAAAAGUUGUAAAUCUUCAUGAACUUUUUUUUUUGUUCCCCUGAUUUUUUUUUUUAAUAAUUUUUUCACUAGGAAAAAAACAUAACUUCAGGUCCCCAUAAUAUAUGUAUAUAUGUACUUAAACAUGCAAAAAAAAAUCUGCACCAAUGUCAAAACAUUUUGGGAGGCUUUUAAGUGUGUUCCAGAAACCUUUCCCUCCUUUUCCUUUAUAUUUUAUGGUUGCUGAUGUGAAUCCUUUUGUUCCCAUGUGAACACGAAAGGCUGGUUUUUAAUUUUUGUGCCACCUUGCAGCAACUUCCUUUCAAAACUUAUUCCAAAGCCAUGUCCCCCUCCCUUGCAAAGGGUCCCUUGCAUGAGGGGUGUAGGGGGGAGGAGAUGAUACUAGAGAAUUUGAUGUGAAUAAUUGUACAAUAAUGUAAAUAGUUUUAUUUUUCUGGGGUGGGUGGGAAGGUUAUAAAUCGUUCAGGGGUUUAUUUUUUUUCUUGGUUUUCUUAACUGAUGGUUUGAGGGAAUGUGAGUGGGUUAGGACAGCAACUAAAAAUGAGAGAGGCUCAUUUUCUAGCAUCACUUUGGAAAAUGUAUUUGGGAAAUGGUAACUUGAAGAUAUGCCACCUUUCUAUCUCAAAUCUUUCACCACAUGAAGUGGAUUACUUGUUUUGGCUUUUAUCUUCAAAUCAACAUGGAGAUUUUCUUGUAAGAGUUAACAUGUAACUUGUGUGCUGCAGUGCAGUUCUCAAUUUAAGAACAAACUUAUUUUUAAUCACUAAAUUAUUAACCCAAGUUUUUGGUCAGGAUUUUUUUUUUUUUGUCCAGUAUUACAGAAAUGCCACUUCAUAUUUCUGCAAAGUGAUACUUUGAAUUGUGCCUCUCCCACUAUGCUUGAUGCUUGGCCUUAUAUACAGGCAAUGAGUGAGGAGCCAUCUAUUUUUAUUUUUCCCCUCCCAACAUAUUGGCUGCACCUGGAUUGUGAAGAAUUAAACAGUUUACAUACUAUGCACAGUGCCUCAGUCUCCUCCCCCUUUCAAAAAAUAAAUUUUACUAUAAAGGAGCCUGGCCCAUCUGACAUGGUAAAUUUUAUGAUUACACAUCCAGGUGCACCAUAAGCGUAGCUGGCCAGUGGCAGCUGCGGUGCAAUGUUCACAAAAUCUUAAAAUACUGAAGCUUCAGAGUUGCUAGAGCACAAUUGGCUUGUUUUUUUUGUUUUUUUUAUGGGUUGUAUUUAAGAUUUCUAUAUAUGGAGAUAUACAUUUUGCUCUACUACUGAAGGUUUUUUUUUGGGAUCAUGGUGCAAUAAACAUUUCCCUUUGUUUUCCGAUUUACAUAAGCACAUGCAAUCGUGCUGUAUUGCACCUCUGCUCCUUUACAGAAUUUGCAACUCUUGAAGGGUAGUGAUAUGCUGGUGCUAAAGCCAUGAUCCUUGUAAAAGUGAGAUUUUUUUUUUUCCCCCUCCCCCUUUAAAAUAACCAUUUCUGCAGGAGUACAUGCUGUACCUUAUAAGCUUCAAAGCAGACAAAUGGGUUUAACACAGGCUGAGCACUAUAGGAAUAUAAUGGCAUCUGUCUAACGAAGCUGUAUUGCUGUAUUGCGUUUGGUGCUGUGAGUUUCAAUGCAGGGGGGAAGGGGUGGGGGGAAUAGUUACUAAAGGCAAAUGGAAAGAUGCUCUAAAAUACUGGACUAUAAUUUUUUUUUUAACCCCUAAUUAGAAGAAAAAGGUUUAAAAAGUCUUUUGCAGUCUUCCAAGUUUUUGCAGCACUCCCUGCCAUUGCUGUGUCUGCAGUUUUCCCCCUUCACCAUUUUGAAGACUUAUAGUCGAAAUUAAUGCAGUCAACACUGCAGUUUCUCUGGCAUCAGAGUAACCUCACCAAAAUAUUCCACCUAGCAAUUCGGCUGUAAUGGUUAAUUUUGAAUUUGGAAUGGGAAUCCACAUUUGGGUAUGGGAGGGAAGGUAUCAAUGUGUUUCUUUUCAGAGUGAGAUGGGAGCAUCUUUCCUUUGCAAUAACUUCAGAUUUAUCAAAUUUGUGCUAUGUAGAGCAGAUAUGUUAAAUCUCUCUGCUCUACAAAGCAAACCUAUUUUGGUAUUCCUGUUCAGUGUCAUUGGUGCAAGACCUUUUCACACCUUCUGACAUGGCACAGGAUAAUCAUCUCAUUCUGUUUUUGUUUUAUGGGUUUGGUUAGGAUCUGUAAACCUCAAACAUGUUAGGACAAAUUUAUCCUUCUCCUAGCUGAACAUAGAUAUAUUUUUUUUCUUCUGCCCAUACAUUGUCCAUAUUCUGCAAUCGGCUGGAAUAUGUUUAGUGCCACUGAAGUUUGGGCUCAGGAUUUAAUUUGGGCAAACUUUCAUAUUAUCCUUAUAUUCAAGAAGUACAUUAAAAUUUCCCUUUUUUUUUUUUAUUAAAAGGAGUGCUGACACAUUUUUCCUAAAAUGUUUUUAGUUUCAGAUCUUUUGGUCAAGGGUUACAGAGAUGUACCCUAUUCAGGGGUUGGGAUGGGUGGGUCUUGGCUAUAAACUUUCUUGCUACCAGAAAAUGACUACAUUGAAGACCAAUGAUCUUAGUCAGCAAUAGGAAUAAUAAAGUUAAAACAAAAAAUGAGCAAUUUUCCUGGAAUAUUGUGGUGCUCUGCUUCUAGAUGGUACCACCCAGUGAAAGGGUUUAUACCCUGCCAUUUUCUAUAACUGACUUGGCAGUUUAGCUGCAUUAGACACAAUUCUAAGAAUUAAAAGUUAAACCAUAAAUGCUUAAAGUGAAGAGGUCUAAACAAAGUGUGCAGCUAAGCUGCUAAGAAAUACAAAUUGGCACUGUAUUGAUAGAAAAUGGCCCAGUGGGCAGGUUUAUUUUACUUUUCCUCCCAGUUUAAGGUUGUCAGAUGAGUAAAACAUUAAAGAUAAAUGGUACAAUCUGGAAUGAGUUUUUUUUUUUUUUUACUUUUUGUUUUAACUGAAUAAAAGCCCACUGGAAAUCAA